CUCAUCUACUAUGUAGCGUUGUUUGAGCAACUACAGACAAUAAGCUAAGCCAUUUUCUUAUUAAGACAUUAAAACAUAGCAACUACGAUUGGAGUGUGACUCCCAUAUCUAAAAUAGUGACUCAUAUUCGUUUAAUAUAAAGCCCAGUGUUUUAGAAGGUUUGUAUGCAACUAUCUAAAUUUCCAAAACCCUCUUUGGUGGUCUGUAACGAAGCACGGAAGCAAACCGGGUGGCUAUGAUAACCCGCCUACCGGUAUCCAUUAGCACAUCCGAGUCCAAUCAUUAUCCUUUCAUCAUAAGCGCGGCUGCAUCUUGAACGUUGUCUCGAACCAACAUGUUCAGUCUCACAGAAUGGCGCAUUGAGCUUAUACCGCCCGACGAGGAAGGCUCCCGCUUCUAUUUGGACUAUUAUAAGCCCUUUAGGCUGGCUGCGUUGGAACAAGACCCUGACGUCUUCGGCUCGACUCACGAUAGAGAAAUCAACUUUAGUAAUGACGACUGGCUCAGCCGCAUUAAUAACCCUCUUGUAAAGACCUUCGUGGCCGUGCGCCUGCAUGAUAGAAAGGUUCUAUCCGCUACAUCAUUAAUUGGACCGAUGCCGAACCCAGACCCGGCAAGCAAUCCGUUCCAAGUCAGUUCCGAAAUGAAAAAUGGCAGCGAUCAUCAUCACCAGAAUCACCAGAAUCACGGUGAGGCCUCAUCUGUACGUUUCCAGAUCAGCGGCGUUUACACGCUGCCAGAUGCUCGACGCCAAGGUCUCGCCAAAAUCCUAGCCGAGACUGCAAUACAAGAGGCGUUCGCUUAUUCUAAGCAGCAUAGCAAACGCCUCGAGCUGAGCCUCGUCGUGUAUACGUCAAACGGCGAUGCGAUAUCGUUUUACGAGAGCUGCGGCUUCGUAGCCAGUGCAGAAGGGGCAAGGAAAUCUUUUAACCCUCACAAGAACGCUUCUGCCGACGAAAUUUGUAUGCAUUACCAAAAGUCUCCUGAAUGACACUUUUUUCUCCCUCCUAUCAGCCCCUUUAAAAAAAUAAAAUGAAGAUUACCCCAGAGAUCUUCUCUAGAUGAUCCGCUUAUGGCUCAGCUAGCCGUCCAUCCUG